AGUUAGGAGGAAACCACGUAGUCAGAGGGAGAGCGUGCGGAUUCCACACAGACAGCACCCAAGGUCAGGAUCGAACCCGGGUCUCUGGCGCUGUGAGGCAGUAGCGAUACCAGUUACAUCGCCGUACAUUCUCUCCUGUAGAGCUGUACCUGCUGGGAUCACUGCAGGUAUUAAGGAGGAGGACACAAACAACAUGUCUGAAUGUGAAAAUGACCCGGCAGUGUUUUCGAGUGACACCUUGCCCACUGACCUUCGUUUCAUGGCAACACUGGCCAAUGGAUACCUUGGCACUAGAAUAUAUAGUGACGUAAUACACAUGAAUGGGGUAUAUAAUGGCGAAGGGGGUAAUUGCUGUCGGGCGGAUAUACCCUCUACUGUUAAUGUCAGGCUGACUGUACCUGAUGAAAGCACUGCAAAGAAAACGUACACCUUGAACACCAGGACCGGCACAUUUUAUACUACAAAGGAGACAAAGGAUUUCCUGGUGACCCAGCAGAUAUUUGCCCAUCGUAGUCACGUUCAUCUCAUGGUGCUCACCAUCUAUGUGGAACGGAUGGCCAUUUCCAAGAAGCCGUUCACAGUCGAGAUAAAAUCAUUGUUUGAUCCCCACAGCCAGAAUAUUGACUUUAUGAGAGGACAAGACUUCAUGGAAGCAAUGUAUAUCCACGGUGAAACACUUACCCCAGAAGUCAAAGGUGCGGCCAGGCAAAGUGUCCACAUGAUCUCGAUGCCACUUCCAGAGUCCUUGACCUUGUUGCCUAACGAGCAGAGUGGGUCUUGGCAAUUCCUGACUGCAGUUGCUGACACAGAGGAGCAAGUUAAGGAGUGCUUUGUAGAAGGACAGAUCUUGGUCCAGUCAGACCAACUGUACUCAUCUCAUGUAUCGGCAUGGGCUUCAUUGUGGAGUGAGAGCUGCAUCAGCCUGAGAGGCUGCAGCAAGCUUAACCAAGCCCUGCGGGGGUGUCUGUAUUACCUGUUCAGUGCCCUCCCACCAGACAAGUCUACAGACUUUCAGUACAUUGGACUAAGUCCGGGGGGGCUCUCCAAUGGGGGCAAUGGAGAAGAUUACUUUGGUCACAUCUUCUGGGAUCAGGAGAUAUGGUUGUACCCUGUUGUGCUCGCAUUUUAUCCACGGCUAGCUUCUAUCCUGCUGAAGAACCGAAUUCGAACACUACCUGCGGCCAAGUCUAUUGCAGCCCAACAAGGAUACCUGGGUGCCAAAUAUCCCUGGGAGAGUGCAGUGACUGGAUACGAGGUCUGUAAUGAAGAUAUUUAUGGGCUGGAAGAAAUUCAUAUCAACAGUGAUAUCUCAUUUGCAUUUCAGCAAUAUUUUUAUCUCACCCAGGACCUGGAAUUUUUCCGUAAGGAAGGGGGUUGGGAUGUGGUUUGCAGCAUUGCUGAGUUUUGGAGCAGCCGAGUGACUUGGAACCCUUCCGAGAUGUGCUAUGACAUCAAAGGAGUGAUGCCACCUGAUGAAUAUCAAUCUGAUGUAACAAAUUCCACCUUCACUGCAGUGGGUGCCAAGUACAGCCUCCAGUUUGCUACAGAGAUGGCAUCGCAUUUACAAAUUGAAGUUCCUUCAGAAUGGAUGGAAAUAGCCAAGAAAAUCAAAGUGCCUUUUGAUCCCGAGAAGCAGUAUCACCCUGAGUUUGAUGGCUAUAAACCAGGGGAUGUUGUGAAGCAGGCCGAUGUUGUGUUGCUGGGCUACCCACUCAUGUAUCCCAUGAGUCCCCAGCUGAGGAAGAAUGACCUGGUGAUGUAUGAACCUGUGACAGACCCUGAUGGACCAGCCAUGACCUGGAACAUGUUUGCAAUUGGUUGGUUGGAGCUGAAGGAUUCUACUCGGGCUCAGCAGCAUUUAAACAAGUGCUUUACCAACAUUCAGGAACCAUUCAAGGUUUGGAGUGAAAAUGCUGAUGGUUCAGGGGCUGUGAAUUUCCUGACAGGAAUGGGUGGUUUUUUACAGACCAUACUGUUUGGCUUCACGGGAUUCAGAAUCACAAAGAAUUGUUUGCUCUUUGAUCCCAUAAUACCAGAGGACAUUGAUGAGUUACAGAUUACUGGAAUUAAUUACCUUGGCAACGUACUCCUUUUUCAACUUGCAAAGGAGCAGGCGACAGUUGUUUUGACGCAAUGUUAUGAAGUUCAGGGUAUGGCCUUGGAAGUUGUUCUUCGGGAUUCAGGAGAAAUCUUUGUUUUGGAUAAAGAUCAACCUGUGUCUUUUCGUUUGGGACCUGGAAAGAUUCAAACCAGGUGUCACACUGAUUCUUCUGAAUUAUCUACAAAAUAUUAUCUUGGAAAUGAAUUAUGUUUUCUUCUGUAAAGUACAGCUUCUGGUACUUUCUAGGAGUGAUAAUUUAAGGGACUAGAAUAGUGAACUUUAUAGUAAAUUAUUCAUUUCAUUUUUCCAGCCUUCCGCCACCAAAAAUGUGGAUUCUUGAUGAGAUAAGAUUCCACAAGCAUACAUUAUUUUCAAGUAUUUGCUGUCUUUUUUAGCAUGUAUAAACCAAGGCAGAAAGUGACAGUAUUGUAUUUUACAUUAUAUUUAAACUUGAAGCUAUUAUUGAGUAUAUACUUUUCGGGAGAGCCAUUGUGUAUGGAUGAAGGCUGGCAGCCCAGGCUGAUUCCUUCCACCAUUUCCAGUUUUCUGUUUAUAUCAUUCAGCUAAAUGCAACUAAAUCUGCAAUCGUUUCACUUCGGAUGCAUGUGGCUACACUCUAAUACAUCACUCGUUAUCCACAGAGUUGUUGGAAGCUGUAGAAUAUAAUGUGAUCCAUUCAGGCAUGUAUUUUAUCCAAAUGUAAUUUAAUUUCUCAAAUAUAAAACUCUUUAAAAUUCAAUAUAAGGUAGUUCAGUAAAUACUGUGCAUUGACUCUUACACCUUAUGAAUAAUUAAAUUGGGUUUUGACCAAUAUUUCCUGCAUUGAACUGUAUCCCACCACUAAAUGUAACUGCAUGAUCUGGCAUAUCCCCCACCUCGCCGUUACUGUCAGGCCAGGAAACUGUUUCUGGUUCAUAGAAGUGUGUGGAAAGGUGUGUUAACAUCACCAAGCCUUAGCAAGAAAUUAGGUGCCAGCCGGGUGGUAUUGUAACACGUGACUGCAUGAGUCACAACACUAGAACCCACCUCAGAUGCCUUUGCUCCAUCCCAUUUUGAAUGGCUGUGGAUAAUCCUAAACAUUGCAGAGCUCGGCCAAAGGCUAAACUUAAACAUCUGCAGCCAUGUUCAGUGAGAAAUGACAGAAGAAGGAAUCUCCGGAAUCAUAAGUAAAUUAGAUACUUUUCUAAUACUGUCCACCUAAGUACCAUACAAAUUGCAAAAUUACUAUUGGAAAUGAGGGAAAUAGUGAAAAUAGUCUAAUGAUAACAUUAGAGGAAACAGCGCAGUGAAUAGAUUGGGGAAGUGUUGAGAUGGCGAAACACAGCUAACUGAAGCAAACACAAAAUCAUGGAUUUUGAAUUGCCGACUUAAUUGCAGAAGAGCUGAUCAUUACAUGAGCAGAAAAACAAGACCCUAAAUUACAGUCAAAUCAAUAUAGGCAACACUUGCAAUAUAAAUUUGUAAAAUUCACAUGUAACCAUAAUAAUGCGAAUCCUAUAAAUUGCUGGAUGUUGUUUGUGUCAGUGGAGUAUCUUUGAGUUCUCACUUAAAGUGCUCGCUCGUGUUUACCGUUACAAAAACUGAAUAAACCGUUUUGUUUUAAACUCGCCAU